AUGAAGUCCUUUAUCAGCCUUUCUCUUUUGGCGCCGGCAAUUCUUGCGGCAGCUCAAGAUUGCUCAGUUGAGAAGCCAACUGCGCAGGCUCCCUCUGUGCAGGCAACUCAAGUGCGGGAGGCUGUUCCAGUACCCCCAGCCGUCUUCAAACCAGCGCCUGUUCCCUUCGACAAUAUCGACCCGGUUGCAGCUGUUGAGCCUCACCUCAACUUUACCAUUCCAUAUACCUCCAACUCAUCCGCUACCACCAUUGACAUCAAGAAUGUCAUGAAAGUUCCAACUGUUUUGCUGGAAACUAUCGCAUCCGUCGUCAACGUUGACUGUUCCGCUACUUCAGUGCAACUUACAUUCAACGACUCGGCUAUCUUUGAGACAACAGUUGCAGCUUGGGCGGCACAAGACGAUUUCCUUUUGGUUACAAACCAUUUUGGAGACUGCGAUGAAGAGCUUGAGAGAGGUACGAUUCUUGCGCUAUUGUUCUUAUUCACUUAUGCUUACAUAAAUUAGGUUUCUUCCUUGUCGAUCGCGUAGAGUUUGAUAAUUCCACCCUGGUUUGCACAGCCCAUUCACAUAAAACUGAUCUUGCUGCCACAGCUAGUGAGUUUAUUCAUAUCUUUUGGCUAGCAACAGAACUAACUUCAUACUAGAAAUAACCGAAAUCACAUUCGGACAAAUCCCAGCUAGUGAACUCGCUGCCCGUGAUAUUGUUAUUGACCCAAGUCUCACCCUUAUUACGGGAUUCGAUCUUCCCACAGACACAGUCAUUUUCGAGUAUGAUCCAUACGCCUCUAUCUAUGCAGAAAAGGCAUCUUUUGAUGCUAAUGUCACGUUCUCCGGUUUCAUGCAGUACAACUGGGUCAACAUGAAGCUCAACCAGCUCUACUUCGACAUUGACGCCGCAAUGGCUGCUGAUGUUAUCCUCUCAGCAGACGUGAAGGCAGCUUACAGCACUGAGUUCAAAUACGAACCGGCAAGUCUCUUCUACGGCGUGACUGUCCCCGGAAUACUGGAGCUUGGCCCACAACUCAACUUUGGCCUCGUUGGUGAGCUUUCUGCUUCCGCAGCAGUUAACGUCUCCACCGACUUUUAUGUGUCUCUCGCAGACGGAAAAGUCCACCUUGACUUUCUCGAUAACACGCAAACUACUACCUCAGGCUGGGUACCCAGCUACAAUGUCACAGCCGACAUCUCCGGCCAAGCAGUCGCCCAAAUCAACCCCAAGGCUGAACUCACCGUGCAAUUAGCUAUCAACUUCUUCGGUGGUCUUUUAGAUCUCAGCAGUGGUGUCACAGCCAAGCCUGGAUUCGAAAACAUUUUCACUGUCACUGGUGGCGCCGGUGUGGAUCUUGGUGGAUUGAAAAACACCACUGGUAACGCCACCACUACCUGUUCCCAGGGAUUGAAGCUGGACAGCGAUUUCGUUUUCGCUGUCGAUGUUUUUGCAACUCAAUUCUGGGAGAAGGAGGUUUACAACGUUACUGUUCCUCUUUAUGAUGCUUGUUUCGCUUGGGCUUAGGGGGAAAGAUAAAAUGCG